UCCAUUUCUCACCGUCACACAAGAAGCAGCCAUGUCUUUCCGUGCACUACCACUUCUCCUUGUCUUCUCGUCGACGUUCUACACCGCUGCAACGGCAGUGAGCAGCUCAACGCUGCUACUGGCACGUUCUCGCUCGGCGACGCCCAAUGCCGGGGCACCGCUCAGCGCAUGGGCCGCCUCCGUCGCAGCCCAGUCGGCGGCGGACACGGCGCGCGUCGCCAGCAUGCUCACGCCGGCGCCGGCGCCGGCGCCUGUGGGCAAAGGCAAACCGGCGAAGCCACCCAAGAACAAGGGCAAUUCACCCGUGCCGAUCGCGCCGGGCCGGAAGAUCCUCAGCAUCCCCAACUACGUCGCCCGUGCGGGCCUCGGCACGCCGGCGCAGACGCUCCUCGUGGCCAUCGACCCCAGCAACGACGCGGCGUGGGUGCCGUGCAGCGCCUGCGCGGGCUGCGUCUCGUCGCCGUCCUUCUCCCCGACGCAGUCGUCCACGUACCGCACCGUGCCCUGCGGCUCGCCGCAGUGCGCGCAGGUGCCCAGCCCUUCCUGCCCCGCCGGCGUCGGCUCGUCGUGCGGGUUCAACCUCACCUACGCGUCGUCCACGUUCCAGGCCGUGCUCGGGCAGGACUCGCUGGCCCUCGAGAACAACGUCGUCGUGUCGUACACCUUCGGGUGCCUCCGUGUCGUCACCGGCAACUCUGUGCCGCCGCAGGGGCUCAUCGGCUUCGGCCGCGGGCCGCUCUCCUUCUUGUCGCAGACCAAGGGCACGUACGGUUCGGUGUUCUCCUACUGCCUUCCUAACUACAGGUCGUCCAACUUCUCCGGCACUCUCAAGCUCGGCCCCGUCGGGCAACCGAAGAAGAUCAAGACGACGCCAUUGCUCUACAACCCUCACCGUCCUUCCCUCUACUACGUCAACAUGGUCGGGAUCCGCGUCGGCAGCAAGGUCGUGCCGGUCCCGCAAUCUGCUCUCGCGUUCAACCCGGUUACGGGCAGCGGCACCAUCAUCGACGCCGGGACGAUGUUCACGCGGCUGGCCGCCCCGGUGUACGCCGCCGUGCGCGACGCGUUCCGGAGCAGGGUGCGCACGCCGGUGGCGGCGCCGCUCGGAGGGUUCGACACCUGCUACAACGUGAGCGUCUCGGUGCCCACCGUCACGUUCAUGUUCGCCGGGGCGGUCACCGUGACGCUGCCGGAGGAGAACGUGAUGAUCCACAGCUCGUCGGGCGGCAUCGCGUGCCUGGCAAUGGCCGCGGCGCCCUCGGACGGCGUGAACGCGGCGCUCAACGUGCUGGCUAGCAUGCAGCAGCAGAACCAACGUGUGCUGUUCGACGUCGCCAAUGGCCGCGUCGGCUUCUCGCGCGAGCUUUGCACGGCCUGAUCACUUCGCGAACUGCUCAAUUGUAUUGUACGUACUGGUUUGCGGCUUUACCAUUCAUGAGUUCAUGCAUGGUAGAAUUUACCUAUCUUUAUUGUUAAGCCACUGAAUUGAUAAUUAAGGAUUGUAAUCGGUGAGUCCGUGUCAGUUGAACUAAUUAUGCUUAGAAUUGGAUUGAU